AUCUCACCAUCAAUUGAACCAAAAUGUCACCGGCACUAAAUCUGCUUCUCCAGCUCAUGGGUCUCUGUCCUCGCCAAUCUCAUGGAGAGAUGAAUAACAGUGGCGACCUUCUAUCCCUCAGCUCGUCGAAGAAGCUCAGCAGAACGGAGGCCGCCUCCCAGCUCGUGAUUCCGGCUCCCGACUCGAAGAAGACAUUCAACACAGUCGAACUACACAGCACCACCUUUCUUCGCGCUGCUCCCAGUCCAAGAAGAAGAAGAACUCAACAGCUGCUUCCUCUGUAUCCCAAAGUCAACGGCGUCCUCCCAGCUCUCCCCUCCUUAGACGGCGCACCUUACAGCAGAAGAAGAGCUCUCCAGUGUCGGCGCCUCGGUCCUGUGCAGCUCCUCCGUCUCCUUCCCAGAUCCGUCGAAGACAACAGAACAAGUAGCUUUGGUUUUUGGAGUUCUCGUUCCAAAAACCACGGUCGCUUAGCUAUUCUCAAAUUCCAAGUCUUGGAUCCGGUCACAAGCCCAGAUAAAAGAGAAGGGUUGUGUUAUGCCCUUGACAGCCAACGUAAAAACCCGUUGAAUCUCAUGAACAUAGAUCAACGAAGUAAUUAUGCUCAUGCUAGGUCGUUGCCCAGAAGUGACGCGCUGUAUGGCUCGAGUACAGUGAUAACUGAACUAGAGCUGCUGCAUUGUUGCUCGGAUAUAGUAUUAAAUGAACAAGGGCUAUCGCACUCUCUUGGACGAAGGCGACUAAGGAAGUUAGUUCAUGAGAACAAAAUUAGAUUUGGCACUUAG